AAAAUCUUAUAAACAAAAUCGAUAAAUAUCUCAAGUGUUAAAUUACAACAGCAACCAAAAAAAAAAAAAGAAAAACUAAAUAGCACAUCGAUAAAUUUCGGGCGCGUAUCCUAAGUGCGCGCGUUUUCUUAAUAUACUGUGAAAGUUUUCUUUACAGUUUGUAGGAAAAUAUUAUCCUUCCAUAUGUCAUCAUCAACAUCAUCAUCACCAGCACACGAAUCGAUGGCGAAAAUCAACAUGAGUCGAACUUAAUUUGAAAUCUUCCUUCAGCAUUCUAUUCAUUGACUUGGACAAAGUCUAUUGGGAAAAUCAAAUAGAAAUCCAGUAUUCAGCAUAAAAGUGCUGCCUCAAAGAAAGAAAGAAAAUCAAUUUCCAUUUCCCAGCAGUGUUGCGGAAACUUGUCACCACCACACCAUACUGGUCAUCAGGCCCCGGCCUGUUGUUGGAUAUAAGAACGACAUCUCGAGGGAGAAAGGGGUACAAAAAUCAAUAGAGAAUGAAUAGAAUGAAUGUGUAAAAGGGGAGUGUCACGGUGCACACAUCAAAGAUAUUGCUGGAGCAAAGCAGAGUGGCCAAGCCCAAAGGACUUUGUCCGAAUUUCUGCAUUUCGGACUUACAAGGCCAAUUUUGUGUGCUCUGUGCUAAAGGAAUCAGGACGAAGUUGAAGGAAACGAACAAACAAAAAAAUCAAUUCUCGUUAAUAUAUUAUAGGGCUCUGCCUUGACUGCAUGGAUUACUGCAGUGCUCGCAAGUACUCAGAAUACGCUGGGUCAACUCAUUCCAUGACGAGUCGUGUUGGCGUGGACGCAGUCCUUUCAGGUGGUCCUCCUAAUCGGAUGGCGCCCAACGUAACUGUGGUAGGUGGACAUAGACACCAGCAAGUGCUGCGUUAUCAUCAAGAACAUCAGCAUAGGUUGGCAGCACUGCAUUCAUCUGAAGGGCUUUAUCAGCAGCAGCAGCAGCAGCAUGGCUUUGAUAGGUAUCUUCCAUCAGUAAGCUAUCCUGGCGACUACCAUCAUCAACCCCCUUUUGGAGCUGCCGGACUUGGCUAUGGUUCUUUGGGAAGAAGACAUGUUACAUCCGCAUAUCUGAAUCCUCACACACCCCUGCCACAUCAUCUCUACCAUCCACCACAUUACGAUAGCACGUACAAUGGCCGAAUGAUUGGAGGAGGUGGAGGGACAGCAGGUCCCUCAUCAGUCCUGCCAUACCAUCCAUAUCGAGAAGGAUACGACCAUCAGCAAAGUACACCAUCGAGUAUUCUUCACUAUGCUGCUGCUGCAAGGAACAGUGCAUUUCAGUAUGGAAAUACUGCUCCUUCAGCAGCAUCGCAACAGCAACGGGACUAUCUGCAGCACUAUUAUCCAUACCAUCCAACAACUACCUUUAUGUCAGAGCAACGUUAUGGCCAGCAUAAUCCUCAUUCAAUUAAUGGGUUGCAAGCAGUCCAAGGCCCUAAGGAUGAUGGACGAACGACGACGAAUAAAAAAAACGCCCAACAUAUCACAGAAUCGGAAACUUCUUAUGCACAACAACAGCAACAACAACAACAAAACUUGCCAUCAUUAUCGUCGAUGGGCAUUACAAUGAUUGCUUCCCCAUUGACUAGUGGUAGCACGACUACAGAUAGUGGAAUAAGUGGAAGUUCGCGUUGCGGAAGCACACCAAUUAGUAUGGUUACAACGAGUGCGGGACUUUCUGGCAGCGAGUAUUCGUUGAAUAAUGCUUCAAUUAAUGCUGGAAUUGAAGAAAAUUGCAGCCCAUCCAAGGAAUAUAAUAAAAAUGAUCAAGAGAGUAUAUGCGAGGGAAAUGAAGAAGUCGACAAUGCAGUUUCAAGUACAAAAGAUCAACAAUUUAGCCCUAAUCCACCAAGCAGCAUCAAAUCAUCAUCAUCUCCCCAUUGUGAAAGUGAAAGGACAUUUAGUGAGAAACAAUGUGCUUCCAAUCGAAGGAUUGAUUGUCCAACUCCAUUGCAUGCUACACCUGAACGCUGUGGUACUCCAUUUAUCUCCAGCAAUCAGCAUUCGCCAUCCAACUUCCAAUCACCACAUCGAUAUCAAUAUGCGCAAAAGAAAUGGUCACCAAAUCUAUGUGAUACAAAUGAAGCACCAUCAAAUAGUCCUCAUCAGCCAUUAAGCCCGAAAGCUUUCAGUCCAAAUCCAAACAUUAAACGGAUCUACUCACCUGAAUGCACACCAUCUAGUACAUUAUUUGAAGAGAAAAAUAAAAAUCGUGUAGUGGAGUGUGAUCUUAUACCAAGUAAAAAGUCUAAACGAAAAACUCUUGAAGCUGAAGAUGUACGUGAAGAAAUUCGGAAUAUCAAACCCCUCCCCGGAUUUCAACAGGCUUUCGGAUCGACAGAAAUUGGACGAUUUUUUGAGACAUUUCGUAAUAUCCCAUCAAGCCCUUAUGCUUAUGAAUCUGAGGUCGAUAAUCAAAGUCCACAACCCUGGGAAAUAGAAAAUUCAGCAGAUGGAUCACAAUAUGAUGUACAAAUAAGUGCAUCUUUGCAAACGAUGUACAAAAGUCCGUUAGCAGAUAAAAAAUAUUUAAAUGGUAUUCGAUGUAAUGGGUAUUAAACAAAAAUAUAAAAAUUUAAUAUUUAAAAAGAAAACUCAGCAUCGAAAUGAUAGUCCAAGUUAAAUCAAACUUUGUAAUGUGAGCAGUGAUGCCAAAUAAUUUUUAAAAAACAAGUUUUGUAUUGUAGCUCUUUUUUUUUUUUCUUUUUGUACUAAAACCAAAAGUUAUUGUUAAAUAAUACAAAUAAAAUAUAAAAACAAAAAAUUC